UUAUUUAUGUUAUUGUCCAAACAUGCCCCUCGUCCCGUCGCCGUUCCACUCCGUCUUUCUCUUCUCUCUGCCUUCCCCUUCCUUUAAACCCCUCUUCUCCUCUGCUUCUCUCUCUCUCUCUCUCUCGAUCCAGGGUUUUACCUAGGGUUUAGAAUCCUCGGACAGCCCCUGCUGAAUCCGUAAUCAAUUUAUCACGGCUUUCAGUUCUCAGAAGUCUACCCACCGAUGGGAUUCAACUAUUCGUAAUCCCAUAGAGCUUCGUAAGAUUCGCUCGGUUGUUUUCGAGUUCGGCCAAGAGCCAACUUCAGUGGCCCUGGAUAUCUCUGGUCAGCUUGUGCUACGUCUGAUUUCGCUUUCAGUUUGUUCAAUUGUUUGGUUGACGGCCGAAUCACGACUGUCUAGGGUUUUCCUUUUCGACUCUGACUGUAUCCCAAGCGGAUGGGAUGUUUGCGAGUUCUUUGAAAUUGCAUCGUAUUCGGGAUUUUAGUUCAUGUGAAGUGAUAUGAAGCGUUGAAUAUGAGCGAUGGAGGUGGGGAGAGUGUAAGAGACUAUGGGCUUCGCAAGGCUUGGAAGAAGUCGGGAACUGACGAUUUUGGCCAAGCUGUUGCCAUGAUUGCUGUAGCGCAGGUGUGCGAGAGUGCGGGAUUUCAGGGCUUCCAGCAGUCGGCCCUCGGUACGCUAUCUGAUGUUGCCGUGCGUUAUAUUCGGGAAAUAGGGAAGAUUGCAAGUACCAGUGCGAAUUCUGCUGGUAGAAGAGACAGUAACGUCUUUGACAUAAUCCAGGGGCUGGAAGAUUUGGGAUUCUCAAUUGGGUUUCCAGGUGCCUCGGAGACUAAUCGAUGUGUUGCUGGAUCGGGUAUGGUUCAAGAGAUUGCUCAGUAUGUUUCUGAAACUGAGCAAGUUCCAUUUGCAUAUUCCAUUCCCAGUUUUCCGGUUAUUAAGGACAGAAAGCAAUCGCUCAGUUUUGCACAAGUUGGAGAAACACCGCCCAGUGACCAUAUACCUUCAUGGUUGCCUGCAUUUCCUGAUCCUCAGACUUACUCACACCCACCCUCACGGGAUGAGAAAGAUGUAUAUUCUCAUCGAGAAGAAGUUGACAAUAUGAAUGAUCGGAGGAAGGUGGAAAGGUCCUUACUGAAUUUGCAGCAGCGUCUGGCCUGUAAUGGGUCUGAAUUACCUACUGCCAGUGACCCAGGGGAUGUUGCUAAAGCUAAACAAGCUGCUGAAGCUAACCCAUUUCUUGCGGCCCCUCUAAGAUUUGGGGAGAAGGAAGUGUCCUCUGUGGUUUUUCCACUUAAGUCCUUAAAUGAAGCUACAGCCAAGAAUAGUAUGGUUCUGCAAAAUCAUGGUUCAGCGCUGCAGAUAUUUUCUCUGGGUACUGAAGCAAUGGAAAGCAUGUUGAGCGAGUCCGGAGACAGUAGGGAAAAUGCUAUCCCAAACAAUAGACCUGGUGUGCAAUUUAAGAUUGCAUCUGGAAAAAGGUCCUCAGGUACAUCAAUGAGCUGCCGGAAUGAUGAAAUCAACUUCUGGUUUGGGGAAAAUGAUGAGAGCAAUGACAAGAAAAGGAGGGCUGAGCAAAUACUGAAGGAAUCCAUGGAAAAUACCCAAGAGUUGGACCAGUUGUAAAUUAGGUGUGUUUUGACUAUAAUUGUAUACUUGUUUAGAGAUGCUGGUUCAAAGGUAGUCAAAGUUAAAGGACAUAGAGUUGUCUGUAUAUGCACAUCGCAGACUGCUAGAACUUAAAGAGUUAAGAGCUUGCUGAGGAAGAAUGAACGGAGUACUUAACAACCCCCUCCCAACCUCUGUGAAUAGUUUAAAUCAGUAAGAAACAUGUCUUCAAAUUCUAGAUAGAGCAAAAGCAUGCUCUAAGAUGAUGGGCCUUGAUAAAAAGCACAUAGAAGAUGGUUGUGCGCAAAAAGAAUUGGUCAUUGUUUGUCUGAAUCAACUGUAAAAUUCUAUCCAAGAAAAGGAAACCAAGAAAAAAGGAACAAAACGAUGGGAAGAGGAUUGAAAUGAUCUUCUACAAUGGAAACAGUCGCCUGUAAUGCUUGGUUGGCCUGCCAGCCACUUCCCCAGAGACAACCUCAUGGAUCAGGUCUUUAAAUAUCAGACGCUCAAUGACUAAGAUCAUCCCUGCAAUUUCAGAAUGGUAAGCUGCCCAAUCUUGGUGCAUCAUGUCCUCGCUUAAGAUGCUUAUCAGACCAGUAUCCUCAUCAAGUAAGCUGUGGUCAGGUGUAGCUUGGAGAUGAUCUAUCUCUGAACACAAUUCUCUCAAAAGCUUCUGGCCAGUGAGGCUUCUAGCUUGCAGUUUGUUUGGAGAGAUCCAUGGCAGAGAAAAAGCUGCCGAGGCUAAUUUGUGGACAAGGAUGUCAUUGACGGUAUCAAAUAUGAGUUUUCUCUGGAUUUUCUCGUAUUUUGAUUGACCAAUAUUUCUAUUGCUAUGUUCGUCAUCUGGAAAUUCAAUCCUUCCUUUGGUUUGUUCCAGCACAAGGAACAAGCUGGGGUUGAUAAAAUGCCCUGACGGGUGGAGCUGAAUGAGUGUCAUGCUGAAUCCUAGAUCUUUGAGCAGGAGACCUGAUGCUAACAAUAUUUCAGCAAUGUAUCUGUGCUCUGGAUUUGCAUCCCCACAAAGUGAUGCAAUGUGAUCCACCUCAGAUUCAUUAUCUGUGGAAUAUACUUGUUUGAGCUGCUGAAUCAAGUCUUUGAUAUUUUCUAAUUUUCCUCGAUCAAACUCAUGGCCCAGAGUAGAACCUGUGCUGUUCAGCAAGCAAUCUAACUCCGAUGAAUUCCAUCCUGCUUGAUCAGAGUUCAGGCUUUCGUCAUCUGUAUUAAAAAUAGUACUCCGCAUCCAUCGAAAUUUCAGUUCUUUUGUAUGAAAUACCAGCCAACCCCCUUCAAGUAGAGCACAUUUUCUUAUAAACUAUCAGCACCACAAGGCCAGAUAAAUGCACAUGGACGAAAGAAACAAAUGAAAAUUCACAAGCAACUUGCUAUGCUGAGAUCUGGGAAGAGUUUGUUCUAUGGAAUGCGAUUUUUAGUGAGCAUGGAAGACUCAAGCACAUUUUUAAGCUAUGUUUUAUUUUAUUUUUUGUGCUUUCCUUGACAAGCUUAUCCUUUUACUGGUACAGGCAGUCAAUGUGAAUUUCUGUGAGGUGUGGCCAUCCUCUCACUCCCCAGUAUUAGAAAUAUGAUUAUUUCAAAUAUGAAUGCUGCACUUGCAACUGAAGGGUUUCAUAUAUCAAGAACCUUACCUUUAAAGGCAUGCGAAAUCUUCUUCACAGGAGAUGGUGAUUCUUCUCUGUAGAAUGUGGUGUCAAGAACAGACACAGGGCUUGGUUGUUCCAAUGUUGCUGUUGUACUUUCAGCUUUAAAUCCAUUGUUGCAGAACCUUGCUACUAGCUGAGUCAGGAAAGAAACAACUGUUAACCACUUUCUUAGAAUAAUAAACUGAAAACAUCAGAUAGGAUCACAUACGUCAUUUUUCAGGUCUUUGUGCUGAUAUUUCAUCCCCUUGAUGGCUCAACUGCCUUGUUUCAGUACUGAGCUUGCUCAAUUGGUCAUCACCUUGUUGUGGAUUGGAAGAUUUUGGUUUCAGUCUUCUCCUUGGGGAACCUGAUUCUGCUUGCUGCUUGCUCAAAUGCCUUCUGGCCCUGCUUGAAUCAGACUUUGGGGUGGUAGGACGAGAAAGCUUGUCCAUCCCAUGCUGCUUCUGUUGCUGUAUCGGGCUCCUUCCAAAGCUGGCCGGGUUCCCUUGGUUCAGAUGGUGUGAUGCUUUUGAAGUUUGUAUUGACCUAUAUAUCCUGGCAUUGGGACUUCUAUCCAUGGAACUAAGGGGUUGAGAAGAAGGUUCUCUACAAUGGUUAACUCUAUUUUUGGAUGUUUGCUUUUCAACUGAAUCUGUUUUUCUGUCUGAUGCACCCUCAUUUGGUAUUGCACGAGGCUGUGAGUUUGUGUUUUUCCGGAAAACUCUAGCUGGUUUUAUGAUGACAAUAGAGGAUUCUAAUUUCUUGGCAGGAUCAGUCACCUUAAUGGUGGGAGUACUCAGAUGGAUGCUUGGCUGCCCACGCUGCCUUGAGGAUAUAGAAAUCUGGCCAAGGUUGUGGUAGUUUGGGCUGUGAUUGCUUGUUUGAGGCUCAAAAUCCAAAGUCUGCUCAUCCUUUUUGUUCUGUAACCUCUCCCUGGUUUUUUGCAUUGCUUCAAGAAUCUGUUUAAGAGCUCUGAGAUCCUUGCCUGAUCUUUGAAACUCAAGUUCUGUCAGCCUUCUCUCAAUU